GAAAUUUUCAGAACAUCCAGAUGUUGCCUUGAACUUAGGCCCAUAUCAAAAGUUUAGGUCAGUGCCUUUUCUAGUUUCUGUGCAAAGUUACAACUGUAAAGUGUAAAACCCAAAGUCAGGGUUUUCUUUUUCACGCCAGCGAUUGAUUUGUAGCCCUUGACCGAUUCAUCAACGGCGGACCCGACACCGCGGUCGCCGACGCCAUGGCUGAAAAAAUUUCAUCCGAGAACAUGGACGCAGUUGAAACUAAGUCCGACGAGGUUGUAGCUGCUGAGAGUGGCGUCGGGAAGAGACCUAGAGAGGAGAAAGACAUGCCGGAAAAUGAUGACAAUGGCGAAGCAUUGAAAAAGACGAAGGUCCAGAAUUCAGAGGAAGUGAAAAAAGUUGGACUCUUGGAUUGGAAAAAGGGUGCUGAUGGAGAGACGAAAGAGGUCAUAUCGGGUCCAGUCACCGUCGGCCCGAAGACCUUCGGGUCAUCUACUGAGAUGUUUGAUUAUUUCCACAGGCUUCUCCAUUCCUGGUCUGUCAAUCUCAAUUUGAAUAAGUAUGAAGAAAUUGUGUUGAUGGAGUUGCUUAAGAAGGGGCAUGCAGAGCCAGAGAAAAAGAUCGGGAGUGGAGUUGACGGAUUUCAAGUACGAUACCACCCUGUGUUUAAAAGCAGAUGUUUCUUCAUCUUGAGGGAGGACGGCUCUACUGAUGAUUUCAGCUUCAGAAAGUGCGUUGACAACAUUCUGCCCCUGCCAGAAAACAUGGCAACGAAAUCCAAGGGUGAGCAUGGUGGUGGUGGUGGAAGAUGGGGUGGGCGUGGUCGUGGACGUGGCAGAGGUAAGUGGAGAAACUAAGCGAGCCCAACCAAAUUACCAGGUGAAUGAGUCUAGUGAAGACACUCAAUUGAUAGUCUUCCAGUGUGAUGUUAGAAUCUAUAUUACUCAAUUAUUUGCUCUUGAUAUUAUAUAAGGAAAAUUUACACUACUGUUUUUGCCCCCCAUAACCUGGAAGCUCCUCUAAUUGCUUCACAAACGGAUUUGCAUGUACUUUCUUUGAAGAACUAUACAAGUUAUAAGUUAUUACUCACAUAUAACGAUCUCCUUCCCUGUUGGUAUUUUACCACUAAAAAGGUCUGGUCUUAUUAUCUCGAUCUCGUAUAAAAUAGUUUCUCAUA